AGGGGAGGAGCCUGCUGUUGCCCCAGCAACAACCAGGGAGCCCAAGACGAGCGCGACCGCGGAGGUAUCGCGCCUCAGUUCUCUCACUGCCAGGAAGGUCCUGGGAGAGGCGCGAGUCAGACCUGGUGGGCGCACGCGGAGAGAAGAACAGGUCAGACUCAUGAACUACAAUCCCCGCUGCCGCUUUCGCCUCUUCUAAACCGUUAGGAGCGCGGAGGAUCAUGGCUGAGGUGCACGUGAUCGGGCAGAUCAUGGGGGCCACCGGUUUCUCGGAGAGUAGCCUCUUCUGCAAGUGGGGCAUCCACACAGGGGUGGCAUGGAAGCUCCUGUCGGGUGUGCGGGAGGGCCAAACGCAGGUGGAUACCCCCCAGGUAGGGGAUAUGGCCUAUUGGUCCCACCCCAUUGACCUGCACUUCGCCACCAAAGGCCUCCAAGGCUGGCCUCGGCUCCAUCUCCAGGUGUGGUCUCAGGACAGCUUUGGCCGAUGCCAGCUUGCAGGCUACGGUUUUUGCCAUGUGCCCAGCAGCCCGGGCACUCACCAGCUGGACUGCCCCACAUGGCGGCCCCUAGGCAGCUGGCGGGAGCAGUUGGCACGGGCCUUCGUAGGUGGUGGGCCACAGCUGCUGCAUGGGGACACUAUCUACAGUGGGGCAGACCGCUAUCGCCUGCACACGGCUGCUGGUGGCACUGUGCACCUUGAACUCGGCCUGCUGCUACGCCACUUCGACCGCUAUGGCGUUGAGUGCUGAGGAACUCUGCCUCCAAAAGCUCCUACCCCUGGAAACCCAUUGUGGGGCAGGAUGGCACAGUGGUCGAGAGCAUGGGCUCUGGAGAUUGUCAGACCUGACCCCAGCCAAAGCAUGGUCUGUCCUUGCUAGGAUCUCAAGCUCAGUAACUGCUCCUCUGGGCUCAGUUUCCCUGUGUGUAAAAUGGGGACAGUGUAUGUGCAGGGUCACAGGGAGUUGGGUGAGAAGAGGAUGCUUAGGACAUGGGAGGGACUCAAUAAAGGAGAGCAAUUCUUACAGGUA